AUGCUUAAAAUUAUUCUGAAAAUUGGUGUAGUUUUAACAUUGCUUCUCGUGACGGUGAAAGCUCAAACGGAUGAAAAUAAAUUGCAAACGAAACAAAUUGAAGAAUAUGAAGAAAUUGAUGUUACAGAGGAUUCUUUAAGUGUGUUAGACCCUCUUAAAAAUAUUGAUGAUAUCAAUAAUAAUAAUAAAUUUAAUGAUUCUCGGAUAAAUGGUGGCCAAGUGGUUAAAAAAAUUGUACCUUUUCAAGUAUCCCUGCAAGCAUAUCGACGUAAUCGCUGGCGUCAUUUCUGCGGCGGUUCCAUUAUAAGUUCCAGUCAUGUGCUAACCGCUGCUCAUUGUGUGGAUAAAAUGAAAGCUGAGGAUAUACAUAUAGUUGCUGGCACUCUAACUUGGAAUACGGGUGGACAGCGACACAGAGCAUCGGCUAAACGUGUGCAUCCAAAAUUUGCCUUAAGUCCAAGGAUUAUAAAUGAUAUUGCUGUAUUAAAAGUUCAGCCAGCAUUUAAUUUACAUCGUAAUAACAUUGGAACUAUUAGUUUGGGCGGUACAAGUCGUGUACGAGAUAGAGUUAAAGUGCGUGUAACGGGAUGGGGAUCUACAACUCCUACAGCAGCAGGAGGUUUACCCGAUAAAUUACAACAAUUGGAAUAUCAGACAAUUACAAAUGAGGAAUGUGGUAGAAAGGGUUUUAGAGUGACUCAAAAUGAGAUUUGUGCAUUGUCUGUUGUAGGACAGGGAUCUUGUAUGGGUGAUUCUGGUGGUCCAUUGAUUAACACACAAGGCCCGCCACAACUUGUUGGUGUUGUUUCGUAUGGUUCAGCCACCUGUGCCCAAGGCAGACCUGAUGUUUAUUCAAGAGUUUCCAGCUUUCUACCCUACAUUACUAAAGUUAUUACCAGUGAAAUACCAUAAAGUUGUAAAUAAUAAAGA